UUCCCCGGGUAGAGAGCCACCAUGCUCGGGUCCUGCUCCCUCCCCUCCUCGCUCCGCCGCCUGUCCUGCGAGCUGGUCUGGCUGCUGUGUGUCCUCCAGGUCUCCGCCAUCCUUUUCUUCUACGCCCGCUCUCUGGACCCCCCGUCCGCCUCAGACCAGGACCAGCAGGAAAACAUGGCCGAGAAGACCCAGGAACGACCCGCCGAGCCCCCCCGUGGAGAGGAGGCAGGAGAGUCCGGGGAUAAGGCACAGAAAUCCGGGGGAAAUGAAGUGGAGUCCAGGGAUAAGGCACAGAAACCCGGGGAGAAGGCAGAGGAGUCCGGGGAGAAGGCAGAGGAGUCCGGGGGAAAUGAAGUGGAGUCCGGGGAGAAGGCACAGAAACCCGGGGAGAAGGCAGAGGAGUCCGGGGAGAAGGCACAGAAACCCGGGGAGAAUGCAGAGGAGUCCGGGGAGAAUGCACAGAAACCCGAGGAGAAGGCAGAGGAGUCCGGGGAGAAGGCACAGAAACCCGGGGAGAAGGCAGAGGUGUCCGGGGAGAAGGCAGAGGUGUCCGGGGAGAAGGCAGAGGUGUCCGGGGAGAAGGCAGAGGAGUCCGGGGAGAAGGCACAGAAACCCGGGGGAAAUGAAGUGGAGCCCGGGGAGAAAAAGCUGCAGGAAUGCCCUAAAAUAUCCCCCCUGCUGAUGGGUCCUCUUAGGGUGGAGUUCAGCUCUCCGGUGAAAGAGGAACUGAUAAAGAAGGAAAACCCCCGCCUGCAGCCGGGGGGGCGCUUCAGACCCAAAGACUGUGUGGCGCAGCAGAAGGUGGCCAUCAUCAUCCCUUUCCGCAACCGAGAGGAACACCUGAAGUACUGGCUGUACUACCUGCACCCCAUCCUGCAGAGACAGCAGCUGGACUACGGGGUCUACGUCAUCAACCAGGAUGGAGACGCCACCUUCAACCGAGCGAAACUGCUGAACGUGGGCUACACGGAGGCUCUGAAGGAGUACGACUACGACUGCUUCGUGUUCAGCGACGUGGACCUGAUCCCCAUGGACGACCGGAACACCUACAGGUGCUUCAGCCAGCCCAGACACCUGUCUGUCUCUGUGGACAAGUUCGGAUUCAAGUUACCCUACAUUGAGUGCUUUGGAGGCGUGUCCUCCAUGAGCAAGGACCAGUUCCUGAAGAUCAACGGCUUUCCCAACAACUACUGGGGCUGGGGGGGGGAGGACGACGACAUCUUUAACAGGGUCACAUCUAAAGGAAUGACCAUCUCCCGGCCCAGUGGCGAGAUCGGGAAGUGUCGGAUGAUUAGGCACAGCAGAGACAAGAAGAACGAGCCCAACCCUCAGAGGUUUCACCGGAUCACUCACACCAAAGAGACCAUGUCAUCCGACGGGAUCUCCUCCCUCUCAUACUCGCUUGUGAAGACAGAGAAGCUGGACCUUUACACCUGGAUCAGUGUGGACUUGGGGGGGCCCUAAGGUCAGCUGACCAAAGUGCGGGGGCCCCGAGGACCAGGCUCUGAUUGGAUGUGACACGUCCUGAACCAGACUUUUAUUCUGACAGUGUGAGCCUGAUGGAUUUGAUCUCCACUCAGGACCUCCCACAGGUUUCACUGGUCCUGGUGGUAUGGGCUUAUUUGGGCCUCAAGUUUGAGAGCCGUGAGUAAAACCAAAGUGUGCUGGGAUCAAACCCGAGGCCGAAGUCUGCCUCCGGUGUGAAUGCACAAAAACAAACUGUGCAGCACAUUUUUUAUAUUCCAUCACUUUUUACAGAAUAUUUGAACCUUCAGACACCGUGUGUGUUAUAUGUUGUCAAUAAAUGAUAACGCCG